AUGAAGACUCUUUCUCUCGCCCUGUUGGCCUCAACGGCCCUCGCGGUCCCUCACGCCCGCGCCCCAGGAGGCAAGUACCUCAUCAGCUUCGGAGAUUCGUACACUGCAACCGAAUUCGACAUCACCGGCGAACAGCCCUCAUCGUCCAACCCUAUCGGCAACCCCCCAUUCCCAGGAUGGACCUCAGCCGGCGGCGCGAACUGGAUCGGAAACCUCGUCGGCACCUAUAACAACUCCCUUCUGUUGAACUAUAACCUCGCAUACGGCGGCGCUACCGUCAACGCCUCCCUUGUCCCACCGUACUCUCCCGAGGUCCUCUCGGUUAUCGAUCAGGUCGCCGAGUUCAAGCAGUAUCUUUCCCCGGCAAACGCUUCUGCGCCAUGGACUGCUAACAAUACCCUUUUCGCUGUGUGGGAGCACACUGCUAACAGGAUCAGGGGCGUCAACGACGUCGGCGGCGCGUGGUAUCAGGAAAACCCCGAUGCCCUCCUAACCGAAAUCCUCAACCAGCUGUUCCAGCAAAUCGAGCUGGUUUAUGCCGGUGGAGCUCGCAACUUUGCCAUCUUGACUGUUCCCCCAACCGAACGAACACCACAAGUCACACAGGGCGAGAGCCCAGACUACACCAUUACGCACUUAAAAGCAGCGAUUGAGAGCUGGAAUACGCAGCUUACGCAGAAGGCGGAUGCAUUUGCGGCUAACCACACUGAUGCGGUUGUUAAGGUCGUCGAUACACAGCCGGCGUUUAAUGAUCUUCUCGAUGCGGGCGGUGAUGCCGCGAACUGCUAUAAUGAGGAUGGAAUUACCUGUCUCUGGUUUAAUGAUUAUCAUCCUGGGCUGGAGAUUCAGGAUGCCGUUGCUCAGGCCGUUGCGGAGGCGUGGCCGAGUUUCUUUACGCUGUAG